UCUUUAUUCUGCACUUCUCGUCCGCCCUUCUCUCUCUCUCUCUCUCUGCGCUCCCAUCCUCCGCCCUUCUCUUUCUCUCUCUCUCCUCUCUUCUCUCACUCUCACACACCCCCUACACCCAAACCCUAACUCUAAUCGAUUGGCUGGGCUCGAUUUUACCUCUCAAUUUUCCGGUCAAAUCUCCGAUUCGGUUACCUUGUUCUUGACGAGGGAAUCUGGAGGCGGACGGGGGCUGAGGAUCGGAGAAUGGCGACGACGAGCGCUGUCUACAUCAGUGUCAUCGAGGACGUCAUCAACAAGGUCAAAGAAGAGUUCGUCAAUGGCGCCGGAGAAGACGUUCUCAAGGAGCUUCAAGGAACUUGGGAGGCGAAGAUGAUGCAAGCUGGUGUUGUAAAUGCUCCGAUUGAGAGGUCUGCGGCUGCAAAGCCCACACCUGGAGUUACUCCAGUUCAUGAUCUCAACGUACCGUAUGAGGGGACUGAGGAGUAUGAAACUCCUACUGCUGAUUUACUCUUCCCUCCAACCCCGUUACAAACUCCAAUGCCACAAACUCCUAUUCCAACUCCCAUCCCACAAACUCCAAUUCAAACACCAGGAACUGCGGAGAAUUAUAAUAUUCCUACUGGAGCUAGUGACGAUUCUGGUGGCGGCAACGCAGGUGGAAAUACAGAGUUGAAACCAGGAAGACCUAGCCCAUACAUGCAACCUCCUUCUCCGUGGAUGACUCAGCGGCCCCCACUUGAUGUUAAUAUUGCUUACGUGGAAGGGCGGGAUGAGGUGGACAGAGGAACCUCUCAUCAACCCCCGACACAGGACUUUUUCACAAUGUCUGCUGGAAAGCGAAAACGUGAAGAAAUCCCCCCACAAUAUCAAGCUGGUGAGUUUAUACCCCAGCAAGAUGGAGCCGGAGAUGCUAUACCUGAACUUUUUGAGAUUGAGAUUUGUGGAGGGAGCACUUCUAUUGGUGGUGGUGGACGUGCGUAUGGUAAGAUGUCUGCUUGUGCACCCAAGAUUCCUCAACUCGAUGGGCCCAUCCCUGAUCCCUAUGAAGAGCUUUCUACUCCCAAUAUAUACAAUUAUCAAGGAGUUUUCAAUGAAGACUACAACAUUGCCAACACACCAGCUCCCAAUGAUGUACCAGUCAGCACUCCAGCUCCUGUUGUUCAGAAUGAUGUUGGAGAUGAUGAUGAGGACGAUGAGCCCCCAUUGAAUGAAAAUGACGAUGAUGAUCUGGAUGAUGUGGACCAAGGAGAGGAACUGAACACACAGCAUUUGGUAUUGGCUCAGUUUGACAAGGUGACACGCACCAAGAGCAGGUGGAAGUGCACACUGAAGGAUGGCAUUAUGCACAUAAACAAUAAGGAUGUCCUUUUUAAUAAGGCGACGGGAGAAUUCGACUUCUGAUUAGUUGGAGAAAUGUCUAUUCUGGCAAUCAGCGGCUGUUGCAUUAGCAGAGCAAGUCCACAGUUACCAUUGGCCCAUUGGUGUUUUGUAAUUUUUCUUUAUGAACUUAAUUAUGAAAGCUAUGAGGAGAAGAGAAACAUUCUAGAUAUCUUUUUAAGAUUGGGACCGAUGAUGUUGGCCUUUGUACAUAAAGGAUGAAUUUUUUUUCGGCCUUUACAAUGGGAGGGCUACUGAGGCGCGUUUCUGAAGUUUAAAUAUUCUGCAAUGGAAUGUGAUUCCAUUGACUUUGUAUACUUGGAUUUAUUGGUUUAAUUUAAGAAUUGCAUCGUUUAGUAAC